AUGAGUUCAAGCUAUCCAAAGUCCGUAUAUGGAGACGAUAUCUACAAGGUGUUCUUCCGAGAUGGAGAAUACUCAUGGGUGCACUCCCUAGUCCUCAAACCCCACCACGAGCUCGACAAACGAGGCUAUGGCAACCCAGAUGAGCCCUGGCCUUGGUGUAUUGACCUGAAGGAAUUCGAGCAUAACACCGGCCACGCCAUCAUUCAUUACUUAUACACAGGUACCUACCAGUGCCUCGCGAACGCGGAAUGCCCACCGGAGGAUUCGGAUCAAAACAGCCUCGCAGAAGGGCUCCUGACCUGUAUCGCCGCUGAAUCUCUUGGAUUAUUGGGACUCCACGCUCUAGGAGUGGAAGAGGUGGCGGAACUGGGCGACAAAAUGAGUCUGCCCGCAAUCUUUGAAACAAUGGAAGACUCGGAUAUCGCGCUUGGUCUGGUACCAGCCUUUGAUACAUAUCUGCAAAACCGCAUGACCGAUGCCAAGUUUGGUGCGCCAGGACAGGCCAUAGAGGACGUUCUUGCCCGUCUCGCCUCUGCGAAAUCCCUCGGCACGUUGGCCCUUAGGGCAAUGGUAUUGCAGCACAAACGCAGAACCGAAGACGAAGUAAAAACCCAUCCUGAAGAAGUUGAACAGGAUGACGCCAAGACAGAUGACCAGCCAUCUUUGCCAGAACCGGAGAUCCCACCUGCCUUACAGGCAUUAGAAGCGAAAAUCCAGCUUCUGCAAGAGAAGAAGUGGAAGCGCGGAGGAAGACUCCUCAGGGCAGAUCGCGAGAGGUUGGAAUUUCUCCAAAUGGCUGCUAAUGACAUCCGUUGCAAAGAACUCGAUAAGGCCGUCGGCGGAGUGAAGACGUCCGACGGCCCUUUAUCCGAACAACCAAGUCUCGAUGAGGCAAAGAAGGCAGGGGCCCUACAGGAGAAACCCACAGGGUGUUUCAAGUUCACGGAUGAUGGAGUUGUCGCCAAGUCCAAGGGCAAACGUACGGUAGAGGCGUGGUUGGGUCGUGAUACCGAUUCCAGCCACUCACCUCUUCCCGGCCCAGACGAAAGUUCGUCGGACUGGACAGUAUCAAUGACGCAGAUGACGCCCAGUUCAAAGGGUGGUUCUUGGGAUGUAUUGGAGAGCGGAUCAGAGGAUUAG